AUGGCGUCAGAAACGACAAAGAAGAGAAAGCUGAAGGAUGGCAGUGCGGCCAAGCCUGUAUCCGUUGAGCGGAAGGCCAAGAAGGCCAGGAAGAGCAAGGUGAAGGAGCCAGAAUCCGAGGUCGAGGAGGUCGAGGAGGAGGAAGCAUCACCCGUCGAGGCCGAUCAGGAUGAGGAAGCCAGCGCGAGCGAAAACGACAACCCACCACAGACCGAAGAGCCACAAGAGGAGGAAGCUGACGGCGCCGAACUCCCAUCGCCAAAUAACCUCUCGCUCCCACAGGAGGCCGGUACCGAAGUCCAGGAAUUCCAGCAGCUGAACCUCUCCGAGAAGACGAUCAAGGCUAUAGACGAGAUGGGCUUCACGAAGAUGACCGACAUCCAGAAGCGAGCCGUGCCACCGCUGCUGGCGGGCAAGGAUGUGCUCGGCGCGGCCAAGACGGGCAGCGGCAAGACGCUCGCCUUCCUGAUCCCAGCCAUCGAGAUGCUGAGCGCGCUCAAGUUCAAACCACGCAACGGCACCGGCGUCAUCGUCGUGUCCCCAACCCGAGAGCUGGCACUGCAGAUCUUCUCCGUCGCGCGGGACCUGCUGAAGCACCACAGCCAGACGUACGGCAUCGUCAUCGGCGGCGCGAACAGGCGGGCCGAGGCCGACAAGCUGGGCAAGGGAGUCAAUCUCAUCAUCGCAACGCCCGGGCGGCUGCUGGACCACCUGCAAAACACGCCGUUCGUGUUCAAGAACCUGCGGUCGCUGAUCAUCGACGAGGCAGACCGGAUCCUUGAGAUUGGUUUCGAGGACGAGAUGAGGCAGAUCAUCAAGAUCCUGCCCAAGGAGGACAGACAGACGAUGCUCUUCUCCGCGACGCAAACCACAAAGGUCGAGGACCUGGCAAGGAUAUCGCUACGGCCGGGGCCUCUGUACAUCAACGUGGACGAGGAGAAGGAGUUUUCGACCGUGGAGGGCGUGGAGCAGGGCUACUGCAUCGUGGAUGCCGACAAGCGGUUCCUGCUCCUGUUCAGUUUCCUCAAGAAGAUGGCCAAGAAGAAGAUCAUUGUUUUCUUCUCCAGCUGCAACUCAGUCAAAUACUUCGCCGAGCUCCUGAACUUCAUCGACCUGCCCGUCCUCCACCUGCACGGCAAGAUGAAACAGCAAGCCCGCACCAACACCUUCUUCGAAUUCUGCAAUGCUGCGCAGGGCACCCUGAUCUGCACGGAUGUUGCUGCCCGUGGUCUCGAUAUCCCGGCAGUAGACUGGAUCGUGCAGUUCGACCCUCCAGAUGACCCCCGCGACUACAUCCACCGCGUGGGACGGACGGCGCGAGGGUCCAACGCGAAGGGCCGCUCCCUCAUGUUCCUGCAGCCCAGCGAGGUCGGGUUCCUGUCGCACCUCAAGGCGGCGCGGGUGCCGGUGGUCGAGUUCGAGUUCCCGUCCAACAAGAUCAGCAACAUCCAGUCGCAGCUCGAGAAGCUCAUCGGCAAGAACUACUACCUGAACCAGAGCGCCAAGGACGGCUACCGCAGCUACCUGCACGCCUACGCGAGCCACUCGCUGCGCAGCGUCUUCGACGUCAACAAGCUGGACCUGGUCAAGGUCGCCAAGAGCUUCGGGUUCGCGACGCCGCCGCGGGUCGACAUCCGGCUCGGGGCCAGCAUGCCCAAGGACAAGAAGGUGCAGGGCCGCAGGCCGUACGGGAGCCAGCCGCAACAGAAGGGUAAUGGGUUCAGAAAUCAUCGCAAGUAG